CUGAGCACCACAUCUCGACCAGAUUCUAGGUUAACAGCUAAGUACCACUUUAAAUACUUUGACAUUUCACAGGAAGCACACAAAAUUAGACCGGUAGUACACAUCCGAAAUAACCAAAACAGAGUAUUUACACUAUGUGUGGGCGCAUUCAACUAGUCAUCAGUCAGUUUAACUCGGAGGGGAUAGUUUGAGAUUGGUUAGGAUGAAAGUCCUCUUCUUGAUACCAUUGAGUUAUGCAAUCUCAAUCAGCAACGGAUUGUUCUUCGGAAGGCGUCAACGUCCAGACUGGAACAGUCUCAAAGUGACAUGGUCACUUAACCCUUUUGGUUCCUAUUCAUUUGAUGCAAUGCCAAGAACAGUCGAUGAAGCUGCUGAGCAGGAGUUCACCAUGGUGUCGGAUUGUGGAGAAAUUCCCGAGAUCAACGGGAAGAGAUUUGUGAAGGGAGGAGAUUAUUCUCUAGUGCUUUUGUACGGAGUCAAUGGAUAUAUUGCUGGGAUCCAGAUAGGAGUGCCUCAUAACAGCGGCGUUAUAUUUCCUCCUGUCAACCAGAUAAAUCACCCAUUUGUGCGUGUGUACAACAGGCAUUUCCUGACUGCCUACUUCACUAACCCAGCCACCAUCUGCAGCAGUGGAAGGACGUCGGCCCAGUACGCCGCUAACGGUACUGGUGACUCUCUCUAUAUCCAGAACGGUACUGAUCCUGUAGCCGACUACCUGGUAAUCCCAAAGAUUGAGACGGUACUGACUUCAACAAAGUGGACUCGAGGUCAUUGCUUCUAUACUAUGGGUGUACAUUACUGGUAUAACGUCAAAGUGGACAUGUCAUGUGACGAUUUCUUCCCCGUCUUCCUGCUGUACAAUGGUGGAAAACUGAACGCUUUUGGUUGGGCUCUCGGUACGGACAUGGCAUCACCAAGGAUGGAACAUCCUCCAAAAAAUUUAAUCCAGACCUUCAUGAACCCGGUACCCCAGUGUCUUAUGGACGCCACGCGGCGACUGUCAACCAUGCACAUUUACAUGACGAAUCCGCUACGAAACUACUGUUGAUUGAAACCAUGGAGGCAUAGCAUGCAGGCCAGAGAGACCAAUCUCAUGAAAUAGUUUAAACUACAUAUUGAAUAACCUUGUACGCACAAGUACAGUACAUACGUGUAUAGACAUCAGUAUAUGUACAUUUACUUAUCUGAAAUAUAUAUCAAUAGUAAUGCUGAAGAUCAGUUUGCCAACUGUCAUCGACGCGUUAUAGUACCACGAAGAUAUAUGCUGUAUUAAAGUAAUUAAAUAGCG